AUGAAAGAAAGAAAAGCAAGCAAGCAAGAAAAACAAAAAAACUCGUUGAAUUCGCUAUCGCUUCUUUUUCUUCUUUUUUCUCUUCUGUUUCUUUUUAUCUUUUUCUUCUUUCUCUUUUUUUUUUUCUCUUUUUCUUCUUUUCUUUUUUCUCUUCUGUUUCUUUUUAUCUUUUUCUUCUUUCUCUUCUUUUUUUUCUCUUUUUCUCUUUUUCUUCUUUUUCUCUUUUUCUUCUUUCUCUUCUUUUUCUUCUUUUCUCUUUUCUUUUUUCUCUUCUGUUUCUUUUUAUCUUUUUCUUCUUUCUCUUCUUUUUCUUCUUUUUUCUCUUCCGUUUCUUCUUUUUUAUCUUCAUUUUUCUUUCUUCCCUUCUUUUUCUUCGUUUUUCUUCUUUCUUAUCUUCUUUUUCUCUUCUUUUCUUCAUUUUCUCUCCUUUUUCUUCUUUAUUGUCUUCUUUUUCUUUUUAUCUUCUGUUUCUUCUUUUUUUCUCUUCUUUCACUUUCUCUUUUUCUUCUUUUUACUGAUCUUAUUUUCUUAUUGCUCUUUUUUCUUUUUCUUUUUCUCUCUCCAACUCUAUUCCUUCAAACUCCUCUUCUAAUUAUUCCUUCUUCUUCUUCUUCUUCUUCUUCUUCUUGUAUAUUUCUAAUUAUUCCUUCUCCUCCUACUCCUCUUUCACUAUAUCUUCAUUCUUUUUUUUAA